ACGGUUAACUGUGACGGCGGUCCGCUCUCCCCUUCCCGUUUCUCCACCGCUACUAACGCUUUUUACUAGCGCGCAAUCUCACAUCACCUCGUCCACAGAGGCAGAAGAGAGAGAGAGAGAGAGAGAGAGAGAGAGAGAGAGAAGACUGUAAGCUAUUCUUCUGCUGCGAAAGACACUCACCAUAAUCAUCAUCUGGUCUUCUUCCCCCAUAUCUUCUUCUUGUCUGCGUGCUCUGUUUUCUUGUGGAGUUAUGAUGGAGUAGGAGUGUCGGAAGAGGAUUUCAUAAAAUUUUUGUAGAGCUGGAUAUAAUUUGGGAUUCAACUGCAAAGAUAUUUUGGAUGCUGGUCUUCUACGCCCCUUGUGAGGGAAUCACAAGGACAUGAUCCAAAACAUCAAAACCACAAAAGUUGAGUCCAGAGGGUUAGCUAAAGGCUGCUUGCUUCUUUAUUUUCCAACUUCAAUCCACGGUUUAUAUUAUCCUAAUCUGCUGUUGUGUUUGGACUUCAUGGGUGGGAUUGCUAUUGAGGCCAUGACCUUCUCUGGCGGCAUAGAUUUUAGCCAAUUCAUUUCUACUGGCCAUGACAAAAGUAGUGGUUACCACUCAAUACUGCAACAACCUCCUCCUGAUUUCGGUCAUCUGCAGCACACUGCAUGUGGUGAUUCAUCUGUAAUUGAUGGCGAUCUGGUGGAGCCGCCACCUGAAAACUUUCCUGAACCCAUACCAGAUGAUUAUGAGAGUGAUGAAGAUCUUGAUGUGGAAGAGCUAGAGCGCCGUAUGUGGAGGGACAGGCUGAGGCUUAAACGACUAAAAGAGCGGCAGCAGAACAAGAACAAGGAGCUCGGGGAUUCCACCAAGCAACGCCAGUCUCAGGAACAAGCCAGGAGGAAAAAGAUGUCCAGAGCACAGGAUGGAAUACUCAAAUACAUGCUGAAGAUGAUGGAAGUUUGUAAAGCUCAGGGAUUUGUAUAUGGAAUCAUACCAGAGAAGGGAAAGCCUGUGAGCGGUGCUUCAGAUAAUCUCCGUGGGUGGUGGAAGGAGAAGGUAAGAUUUGAUCGUAAUGGACCUGCUGCCAUUGCUAAGUACCAGGCUGACAAUGGGUUAAGGGGCCUUAACAAUGAGCAAAACUCCAGGCCUGUGAGCCCCUACUCCUUGCAAGAGCUUCAGGACACCACAUUGGGAUCACUCUUAUCUGCUCUUAUGCAGCAUUGUGAUCCUCCACAACGUCGGUUUCCAUUGGAGAAGGGCAUCUCACCACCAUGGUGGCCUACAGGAAAUGAGGAUUGGUGGCCUCAAUUGGGUUUCACCAAUGAUCAGCCACCGCCUCCAUAUAAGAAACCUCAUGAUCUCAAGAAGGCUUGGAAGGUUGGAGUUCUCACUGCUGUUAUUAAACACAUGUCUCCUGAUAUUGAGAAGAUUCGUAGGCUGGUGAGGCAGUCGAAGUGUCUUCAGGACAAAAUGACUGCCAAGGAGAGUGCAACCUGGCUAGCUGUUGUUAUGCAGGAGGAGAUCUUGUUCAGGGAGCUCCAUCCCGAUGCUUCUCUCCCCCCAUCUUCAGUUAGCAACCGCAAUGGAACCAUCUCAUUCAGCAGCAGCUGCAGUGAAUAUGAUGUUGAAGGGGUUGAUGAUGGAAAAAGUGAGGAUGCAGGGAACACAAAUCUAGUGGAUGUCAGCAAUGUUUUCAACACUGGCACGUCCUCAGGAAAUGAUCUUUAUGUGGUGCCACACAAUGCUGUUAAGGAGGAAGGCUACAGGGAGUUCAUCCGAAAGCGGUCUGCGAAAUCCGAUCCAGAAAUUAUGUCGAAUCAAGGCAUAAUUAUCAAUAACGAAAAGUCUAAAUUUGCACGGAGUGAUUAUCAACUUGGGUUCAUGGAUAGAAGCGUGAGAUCUAACAAUCACCAAUUUCUAUCUGGUUAUCAGACAAGUCUGCCUAGUUUCUGCACGGCUGGUUUCAAAGCGAAUGAGAACAAGCCCCAGAUCAUGUGUGCUUCUUCUCUUGCACAGUCCAAGUUGAAUCCAACUGGCUUGCAGCCUGCAGUUAUCAACACCUCCAGUCCUUUUGAUAUAUCUGGCAUAGGCAUUCCAGAUGACGGGCAGAAGUCAAUCAUUGAGCUGAUGAAUCAGUACGAAGGCAACAUAAACAGCGAGGUACCCUUGGCCAAUGAGCAUAACACUGGUUCUAUUCAGCCGACAGCACAAGCUGGAAACAACUUCUAUGGCUCCAUGAAUGGAGUUGGUGGUGAUCUCUUUGAAGGACCAAACAAUUCACAGUUCUAUCCUUUCCAGGAGGAUCUGGUGCAGAUGAACCAUUCUUAUCAGCAGGCUUCGUCGAAUGACAUCAGUAAUGAGUUGAAAUUUGAAUCACCUUACACCAUGCAAUCAAUGGACUUUGCAGAUUCAUUACCUAGAGGAAUGGUGCAGUCUCUGCAAAGUCAAAAUGGAUCAGGAUGGUUUUUCUGAAAUGGAUCUUCUCUGGUUGUUGGAGGGAAUGCAUUGAGUAGCUGGUUUCGGGGUUGAGGUGCUGAAUAUCUUUAGUAAUACACUUAAAGCAGGCUUCAGGUGAUAUCUUUGGACAUCUUUGUUUGGUUUCUUUCUCUACUUGUAGGAAGAAUAAAAAAAAGAAAGAAAAGCUCUCCGAAUGUGCUCCUGAGUGAGUCUUUUUUAGAUUACUCAAUGAUGCCUUUCAACCUGACUUCUUUGUAAGUGUUAUUUGCUUGAUUUUGUUGCAGGUUGUCUUAGUUAUCGAGUCGAAAUCAGUUCUAUUCUGGCAUUGUAUUGUUCAUAGAAUCUCUUUUGCUUUGAAGAAGUCUGGUUGCCUGAU